AUGGGGAGAGGGAAAGUUACACUGGAGAGAAUAGAGAACUCAACAAGCAGGCAAGUUACCUUCUCGAAGAGGAAAAAUGGGAUUCUAAAGAAAGCUUAUGAACUUUCUGUCCUCUGUGAUGCUGAAGUUGCUGUUCUCAUUUUCUCUCCCACUGGAAAGCUUUACCAGUACGCCAGCGGCGAUGUGGACAGAACCAUUGCGAGGUAUUGGGGUGAAGUACCACUGCUUAAUCCAAAUCAGCAACGCUCCAAGACGGCGGAGAGAAUUUUGAAAGAUAAGAUUGAAGAAUUAGAAAGAUCAGCACAUAGCAUGGAAGAAAGACUAAGGCACUUAGCUGGAGAAGAUAUAUCCACGUUGGGCAUAAAAGAACUGAAAAGGCUUGAACGCCAGUUAAAAGCAGGCGUUGAGCGAAUUCGCGCCAAAGAGAGGUGCAUAACUUCUGAGCACUUGAACUCUCUGAAAAGAAGGCAAAGGGACCUACAAGAGGAGAACACCCAACUUCACAAAAGAAUGCAAGAGCUGCGUGAUGCUGACAUGAACUCGAGCAUUUUGGGAUUUAGUCCACCGCAUGCGUUUCAGCAAAGAAUGGGUGAUGGUGAAUUAUGCAAUGCAUCCAGGAGUAUUCAAGAUUCAGUGCUUCGUUAA